CGAGAUGACGAGGGGAACGUCAUUGUUUGGAAAGCAUCGCAAUAAGACGCACACGUUGUGCUGCUGCUGUGCCUCUAAGGCCUACCACCUUCAGAAGUCGACCUGUGGCAAAUGUGGCUACGCUGCCAAGUGCAAGAGAAAGUAUAACUGGAGUGCCAAGGCUAAAAGACAAAAUACCACCGGAACUGGUGGAAUGAGGCACCUAAAAAUUGUAUACCACAGAUUCAGGCAUGGAUUCUGUGAAGGAACAACACCUAAACCCAAGAGGGCAGCUGUUGCAGCGUCCAGUUCAUCUUAGGAAUGUCAAUGAUUAGUCAUG